AUGGCAGAUGCCACAGGGGAGCAGAGACUGGAAGUGGAGCGACUGGAGCGAUGCACAACCUACAGCCUUGGAGAUGAAUUCUUCAAUAGACAGUGGGAGCCAUGUAACCAACCACUGCCUUGGGCACCUCCUGCCGAGAAGAUUUUCGAGCUGCACUUCUUCUGGCAGCUAUGGAAUAAUCUGGCCAAGGCUGCUAUGCAGAAGGACGUGCCCCUAGUGUCUCUUCGCAACAUGUCCUACAUGCUGAAUGACGCGUAUCGGAUUCCCAACCCUCUGGUGGUCAACUUCUUUGGUAAGGUGUCAGAGAAGUAUGUCUCCUGGCAACAUCUGCGGCUUUCGCUGAUCAGUGAGGGGCACCCGUCCAUCAAACUCAGCCUCCUAGAACGUGUCUUCCUGACCCUGGAGGAGCCCAACAGUUGCCUUAUGGCCAAGGGAUGGUUUUACAUAAUCAUGAUUGCCGCGGUUGCAAACCUGACCACCUUCAUCCUUCCCGACACAGCCGCCUGGGCCUUUGAAGAGCUCUUCGGCGAUGCUCACAACCGGCAGCAUCAGGCCAUCUUCGGCACUGUGUGCAUACUGGUCUUUACUUUGGACUACGUAGCCAAGUUGCUGUGCUCACCAUUUGUCCGCAUCGAGCUCACGCAGCCCUCCGUGAAGUAUUUCCACCUGGAUGAGUCGCAGCGAGCAGUGGUGCCAGGGACCCGAUGGCAACGGUUCUUGGACUUUGUGUUACAAGUGUCGAACAUCGUGGACCUGUUGGCCAUUUUGCCCUGGUGGCUAGACCUUUGCUUUGUCAAGAUCCUGCCCGGGGCCGCCUUUUUGCGGAUCAUCCGAAUCUCACGGAUUUUCCACCUUUUCAAGUCAGCCCGGUACUUUGACAUGGUCCAAGUUCUGGGGCUGACCUUGUGGAAAAGCAUCAAUCUGGUUGCUAUAGUUUUCGCUCUCAUCACCGUGGUGGGGCUGUUCGCUGCUUGCCUGCUCCAGCAGGCUGAGGUGACGAUGGGAAGUGAAAUGAGCGAGGUCUUCCAGACAGUUCCAGGCUCCUGGUUCUGGAUCUUCUGCAGGCUAAUCAGCAUGAAGGACACCAGCUACGGCAAAGGUAGAGUAGAAAGCUUCCUUGGCAUCGCCAUUCUGGCUGUCACCCUGACGCUGAAGGGUGUUUUAUGGAUCGUUCCGAUCGCACGAAUCCGUCAGAUCUUCUCGCAAGAGUACGCCGUAGUGGUGAACUCGAGCAAGGCAAGGAACAAGAUGACAGCCGACCUCUUGGCUUUUGUUGCAGGUUCCGAUCACAGCCUCGUAGCAAGCCGAAAUGGUUACAUCUGCGCCAACCUCCUUGUUUACACCGGAGGAGAGGAGAAACAAGCCUGGGUGCCACUUCCACUCCACCAAAGUGAGGAAAUGCCGAUCGUGGAUUAUCCGGUGACGUUGGGUUCCGAUCCGGACGCGGCACAGGUGAGCCUUAACAUCCUUUGGCGGCCAAGAGUAGAGAUGAAGGACAGCAGCAACAGCCUUCCCCACGGCACGCUGAGUCUUCAGGUUGUCGGGGCGAAGAGGCUGGCAGGCUGCGAACUCCAUUGGGAAGUACCGGUGAAUGCCUUUAAGACCGAGACUGCGAAGGUCACUUUCGACCCCGCUACAAAGACAACCGACGAAAAGUCCUUCGAGAUUCAGUGGGUGGGAGAAGGUGACGAUGACGAGCCACGGGAGAUUGACGAUGACCUGCAGAUGGACUACCGGGUUUUCCAGAAGCAGGUUCUUCAUCUUUUGCAGGAGCAGUCUGAGCUCAUUCAGGAGCAGCAGCACUGCGUCCUGGAGACGGGGCAGCGGCUCAAGGUGCUGGAGACAAAGUCGUGGGACUCCAUAAAAGACUCGAUAUAG